AUAUGUAGAUGCUUUGCCUCUCAGAUUUGUUUAGCUAUUGUAUAAUAUCUUUUAGAAUAGAUACCUGUGACUUGUAAAAAAUAUAAUACAGUUGUUAAAGAACUAUUCAAAUACUAGAAGUGUGAUUUAAAUAUAAAACUAUGGGUAAGAUUGGGUGCAUGUAUUGAGCAAGCCUACAGCCGUUGGACUGAAUUAGCCUAGAGCCGACGCAUCUCCUAAAUUUAUUCGGUCGUAUUGUAAAGCAUUCUCCCUCUCGGCCGGGUGAAUGACUUUACGCAAUUGAUAUAGGCUUCGUUACAAUAUUCAUAAGCCAAAUAAGUUAACUUAUCAACCUCGAUAAUUCCAACUUUUCGCAUUUUUUACUAUCAAUUGUAUGAUGCCUUAUAUUAAACAUGUAAAUACCAGCACCUGAUGAAACGCUAGCCUUAAAGUGGAACUUAUGGUUGCUAUGGUAAUAUGGGAAUCAAAUACAAACCGACUAUUUUCAGAAACGUUCGUGAGAGUGAGAGUCAUCAUUAACGAUGGAAGUCGAAGACAACGUAAAUUUUGGCGUUGAUUACUCAAGCAUUAGCAAAACAAAUGAGAUAACUGUCAAAAUAAUUCUUCUUGGAGAUAGUGCCGUAGGGAAAUCAAAAUUGAUUGAACGGUUUUUAAUGGAUGACUAUAAGCCACAUCAACUGUCAACGUAUGCUUUGACCUUAUUUCGCUACAAAACCCAAGUUCAGGAGAAAUCUGUAUCUGUUGAUUUUUGGGAUACCGCCGGACAGGAACGCUUCGAGUCCUUACACCCCUCGUACUAUCACCAGGCAAACUGUGCGGUGUUAAUUUUCGAUUCGGUUAGGAAAGUCACAUACAAAAAUUUAAAAAAGUGGUACGAUGAACUGCGUCAGUACAGACCUGAAAUUCCCUGCUUGUGUGCGGCCAAUAAGAUUGACGAAAAUUUUGACGCAACUCAAAAGAAUUUUGCAUUUCCAACCAAGAAUCGAUUGCCAUUUUACUACGUGUCAGCGUCUGACGGAACCAAUGUCGUGAAGUUUCUAAGAUUCAGUUAUGAAUUACAGCUUUUCAACGAUGCGAUAAAUGCAGCCAUAGCAUAUCGACUUAACCCAACGGAUGUAAGCGAUCAAAUUAUGGAUGAGCUUGAAACAUUAAAUUAAUUCUCGCGGAUAUGUAUCGCCUUGAUUAAAUUAUCUAUCGAUGUU